CAGCAACUUCUCUUUCCCCCCGCCAGCGGGACCCGAGCCCAAACCAGGCACGACGCACUGGCGCAAUCUCCAUGGAUCCUCUGAGCAUUCUCUCCAUCGCCGCUGCAGUCGUCGCCUUCGUAGAUUUUGGAGGCAAAAUCCUCAACUCGGCAUCGCACCACCUCAGGCGAGACGACGACCUGACGACUGCCUUGGAAGAUUUGGCAAGGGAAGCCGGACAGCUCGGUCGCCUAGGCCGCCGGAUCGAAAGCACACACGGGCAGCCGGAGUCGUCUGCGAGUCAGAACCCGGAAUUCGACGCCGUCCUUGUGGAGCUGGCGAGGGAAUCCACCCUGGUAUCAGAAGAUGUCGAGACCUUGAUCUCGACACUGCAAACCACCAACGGGAACCGCAAGGCUACAACAUCUCUGCGUCUGCAUUUGCUAAAAACGGUAAAGGAUGGCGGGUCAGAGUAUUCGGCGACCGAGAGGAAGGUGCGAAAAGCCGAACAAAGGCUCAGUAGCAUCAAAAGCGCCAUGAUGUCGGCCGUGUUGGCCUGCCUCUGUACUAGGGCCGAUUCAAGAUCCACAGCAGACGAGAUCCGCCGGAUAUCACUCUACAUUGGCAAAGAGCAUACCCGAAGCUCUGCGCCUGCUACGGCUUCUCCACCAGAGCCCGAGCUGAGCCUGAGCGCCGAGGAGCAUCAGCGACAGCAGCUGAUCCACCAAAUCUGGUCGCAAAGCUCCGGCCCCUCGGACCAGUUUGAGUCUCUUGGGGGAGAUAUCGAGGUGGAUUCGGCCAGCCUGAGGUUGCCGCCGGUUUCCCAAGUGGAGCUGCAGCAGGCAGUUCUCCGCAGCCUCCAGUCCAACGAGAUGGAGGAGAGGAGGAGUGGGAUAAGCCCAGCGCACGAGAAGACCUUCCAGUGGAUAUUCGAGCGCCCCCAAGACACGGGCGACGAGCUCGCCGACGCCCCGCCAUGGUCUGACUUUGUGUCCUGGCUAGAGCAGGACGACACGUCUCGGAUUUACUGGAUCACGGAACCGCCGAUCUUUUAUUCCUGGAAUGCCGGGAGUGAUGAUCAGCGACCCGAGCACGGCCUUCUGAGAUCAAUUUUCCACCAGUACCUAACGCAGAUGCCUGAGCUUGUCCCCGGCGUCUGUCCACGACGGUGGGCGAUGCAUCGCGUCUUCGGAACGAGUCGUGGUGUCAUGCUACCUAGCUGGACCAAGACGGAACUACGCCAGGCAUUCGAUAUGCUCCUGCCUCUCGCCCGCCAGAGCAACCAAAAGCUCGUGCUUCUCAUCGAUGGGCUCGACGAGUUUCAGGUGACAGAUAACUUCCGGUUCCUUCUCUCCUUCGCCGAAACAGUUCGAUCAGAAGGGGGCGCAAAGGUGUGCGCCAGCAGCCGCGAAUGGACCAUGUUUACAGAUUACUUCCGCGCGCACCCAAGUCUGCGGCUGCAGGACUUGACGAGGAAUGACAUUGAGCAGUACAUCUACAGUCAUCUCAACAAGAGCAUUGCAUAUGCCGAGCUGAAGGACUCAAACACGGAAGAUGUGGAUCGACUGGUCGGAAGCUUACUCGACAAGGCCAGCGGUGUCUUCCUCUGGGUUCGGAUAGUCACGGAUGUUGUCCUGGCUGGAAUGGAGGCUGGUCAGACCGUCAACGAGCUCAAUGCGAGCGUCGAAGAGCUGCCGCCCGACUUGUCCGACCUCUAUCAGGGAAUCUGGGAAAGGCUGGGCCCCAGAGACCAAACUAGCGUCGCCCGACUGCUCCGGAUCUUGGAGGCGAGUGUCGGCCCUCUAGAUCCAACGACAAUGUUUGCGGCCGAGCAACCCGAUGCAGCGGAGGCGCUGAAGACAUCCAAGGUCGCGCUUGAGAAACUCGUUGCUCGGCGGCUGCGGAGUCAGACUAGGGGCCUUCUUGAGAUUUCCGAGAUUCGCACCAUCAACUAUCUGCACCGGACUGCCAGGGAUUGGUCGCUUACUGUCGAGGACGAGAUGCAAAAAAUGCUGCCCCCAGAUUUCGACCCGAAUCUGCAGCUUUGCUUGGCCAAAGUCGCCAUCACGACGAUUCUGUGCACUCCAAAGGGCUGGAAUCUAAGCUUCGCGGAGUUGUGGGACAGGAUUGGCGGCUGUCUUGAAUACGCAAGUAGGGCGGCUGUUCGGCCCAAGAAAUGCGCGAAUGCUACCAAGCUCAUUGCAGCACUGGAUAGCCUCGACACGUGGGUGGCAGAGUUCCGAGAAUAUUUUGAUUUGCGCAAAUCUCGCGGCUUCGGCGAGGAAAUUCAUUGGAGUAGUUACCAGUUCAGUCUCCAUUUCACACCAGGAAGAGAUCCUGACUUGGUACCACAUGUCAACACUUUCCUGGGCCUUGCGUCUCAGUACGCCAUCCUUGCAUACGUCGAGCAAAAGCUAAAGGAAUGUCCAAAGCUGGUCAAACCCAAGCGAUACGAGGUUAGUCUCCUCGAGAAUGCCUUAUUCGUCCCCGGAGCCAAACCCGGCAGACCCUUUGGGCUCGAGGAAUCGCCGGGACUCUGGCGACUGCGCUUUCUGCAGCGAGAGGCCCUCGUCCGCCUACUCCUCGAUCGCGGCGCCGACCCGCGCGCCGAGUCCUUGUUGCUGUGUCAUGUCCCCAGGCUGGUGAAGGGCCUCAUUCUGAUGCCGAAAGGGCGGCGGGUUGCCGCCGCCGCCCGGGCCUUGCCUCUCUACAAGACUUUGCCGAGCCUAUCUGGUGUCGGCAAUAAGACCUUCUGGGAACCGGUGCAAACCAUGUUGGAUGAGAACAUGAAGAAUCGAGGCACAAUUUCGCGGUUGCGGUCUUUACUGUCCCUGUAG